CAGCACUGGUAUGAUAUGGUUAGGCAGUGCGAGAGAGCGCCUGUAGUUUGGUGGCUGACAUACCAGUGCCCAACACACACCUCACACAGCCUUCAAUCCCUCAAACCAUUUAUGUCUCAUAUCUCUCGUCUCACAUGAAAAGCAUUAAACCAUUUGUUUAUUCAAUGCUUUGAAAGCAAUUUACGGACAAAUCGUUUAGACUUUUGUUUAGUUUCCCUUCAAUUGGUCUAUUGUUUCAAUCGUUGGGUUUGUGUUCAGUCUUAACACAAACACUGAGUGAAGGGACGGACUGUAUAUACAAAACAUAGCAUACAAUGCAAGCCAUCAAAUGUGUGGUCGUCGGCGACGGAGCUGUCGGUAAGACAUGUCUUUUGAUCAGUUAUACGACAAACGCAUUCCCCGGCGAAUACAUCCCAACCGUAUUCGACAACUACUCGGCGAAUGUGAUGGUCGACGGAAAGCCUAUAAAUCUGGGCCUUUGGGACACUGCCGGUCAGGAGGACUACGACCGACUCAGACCUCUCUCAUAUCCACAAACGGAUGUGUUUCUCAUAUGCUUUUCACUCGUAAAUCCGGCCUCUUUUGAGAACGUGAGGGCAAAGUGGUAUCCGGAAGUGUCACAUCACUGUCCAAACACACCGAUCAUUCUGGUGGGCACUAAACUCGACCUCCGGGACGACUCCAAGACGCUGGAGAAGCUGAAGGACCGCAAACUGGCGCCCAUUACGUACCCGCAGGGCCUGGCGAUGGCCAAAGAGAUCGGUGCCGUUAAAUACCUGGAGUGCUCGGCGCUCACGCAGAAGGGCCUCAAGAAUGUGUUCGAUGAGGCCAUCCGAGCGGUUCUCUGUCCACAGCCUAAGCCUAAGCGCAAGAAAUACACGUGCGAUCUUGGUGAUUUUUGCGGGGGAGGCGUCGCCAUCAUCACCACUACUCUACUACUGCUACUACAACCGCCUCCACCCUCUCGGCCGCACCGGUUGUCCCGCAAGAGUCGGAAAUCAGACCACAAAAAGACAUGCAUUUGUGUCGAUAGCGCCAAAUACUUCUUCGCCGAAGAUUUCUUUGGUCGGUCGGGUGGUGUCUGUGCGGUGGCCACGGCUACCGGUGCUAACCGCAUAGACACCACCCGCGCGCGCACGCCGGGGGUAGGGAUAUCUCAACUAAUCCCUUAA